AUCGCUUCGAAAACUUGCAACACACCGAACCGAACCCAUUAAGCUUUAUCUGAUUCAUUCAGAAAUCACAACCCCAUCAACCGAAAAUGGCCGUACUCAUAGAAUUGCUGCCAAAAGAGUAUGGCUUUGUGGCCAUCGUUCUCGUUCUCUACUGUUUCCUCAAUUUCUACAUGGCCGGUCAAGUGGGUAGAGCUCGCAACAAGUACAAGGUGUAUUAUCCCACCCUUUAUGCUUCAGAAUCCGAAAACAAAGAUGCCAAGCUCUUCAACUGCAUUCAGAGAGGGCACCAAAACUCUCUUGAAACGAUGCCCAUCUUCUUCAUGCUGAUGAUUUUGGGAGGGCUGAAGCACCCCUCCAUUUGUGCUGCCCUUGGAAUACUUUGCACCGUCGCUAGAUAUUUCUACUUCACAGGCUAUGCAACGGGCGAACCCAAGAACCGUCUCACGAUGGGGAGAUCUUUUUUUCUGGCGCUGCUGGGUCUCAUGCUGUGCACACUUUCAUUUGGAUGGACUCUUCUCAAUCAGCCUGCUAGCCCCUGAUUUGGUUGUUACUGUAACUUUUCUUUUGUCCUACCCUCUUGAUCAUGUAGCGUUUGUUGAAUUAUUAAACAACGUAGGCCAAAGGAUUUGGAAUGAAUAAUGUAGUUUCAACUUUCAAGUGUGUUUUGUUUUGUGUUUGAUUUUCUCAAUAGCCUUUGUAUUACAAUAAGGUCAAGUUUGGAGUUUCUGCCAGGGGGUUUGAAUAUGGAUUACUGUUUUUGCCUAUUCUAGUAUUCUUCAAUCAGAUAGCUAGAUCUAUCAUUCCUCUGUUUCUGGUUUUAUAAAGUGGGUGGAUUUUGGGUUUUAAAUUCUCUUAUUGGGCUCUGUUUCCCAACUGGGGCAAGUUGGAUUGAAAUGGGGAGCACUCAU